AUGCGUUACAUGGCCGCUUACCUGCUUGCCACCCUUGGUGGUAACAGCAACCCCUCAGCAAAAGACAUCAAAAAAAUCCUUUCCAGCGUAGGAAUCGAUGCUGAUGAAGAGCGCCUAGGCAAGGUUAUAUCUGAGCUUGGUGGAAAAAAUGUUGAUGACCUUAUCAAUGCCGGCCUUUCAAAGCUGUGUUCAGUACCAUCUGGGGGCGCCGUGUCUGCUGCUCCUGCAUCAGCUCCAGCUGCUGGUGGAGCUGCUGCACCAGGUAAUCACAGAAUGUAUUUUUUCCCUGGAUAUGCAAGCACUUGGAAUGUGACCACUUACUCCACCUGUUAUAGAUUCACACUGUGUUUAGUCAAGCAUUUGCUCUAA